GCCAGCUUCAUCUUCUUCGCCAUCCCCGUCGCUGUCAAUCUCUCUUCAUCCUCGCAUCAAUUGCCCUCUUUUCAGGACCACACACACUCUCUCAACCGGCGCAAUGCCGUCCGCUCUCCUGCCCCAGCGGGCCCUUCUUCGUCCGCCCCCAUCGUCCACCCUGACCAUCGUCGCGUCUCUCCUCCAAUCUCACCACCAUUACAACAUCCAAUCGCGCACCUACGCCUCCCACUCCCCCAAAUCCCAAUCUAAAUCCAAAUCGCACUCCCGUCCCUCCUCCUCCGCCCAACCAGCCCACCCAUCCUCCACAUCCACCUCCACCACCUCCACCACCACCCUCACCAACGACAUCAACCCACCCGCCAGCACCCGACCCGCCGACCUCUCCCUCCCCCCCUCGCUCCCCCCGUCUGCCUCCCCCGCCGACAAACUCAAACACUACAUCUCCAUCGGCCGCGCCUAUCUCACCUUCUACAAAACAGGCCUCAAGAACGUCUACCAUAACUACCGCGCCGCCCAGCCCCUCCACCGCACCCUCAACCUCUCCCUCUUCGUCUCCCCCCCCGCCACCACCACCAGCGCCUCAUCCUUUCUCAAAACUCUCCACUCGCACAAUCUCAGCCGCGCCCAUUUCCAACUCCUCCGUCGCUCCGCCUAUGAUAUCCGUCGUAUCAUCCCCUUCAGCUUGGUGCUGGUCAUCUGUGGCGAGAUGACCCCGUUGGCGGUCCUGGCGUUGGGGAAUGUGAUCACGCCAUUGACGUGUCGGAUUCCGCGGCAAUUGGAGAAGGAGCGCGUGAAGCGGGCCGUUUGGAAGAGAAAUGCCCUGGUGCCGGUGGGAUCGGUCACGGCUCCGACGGUGGGGUCCGAGGCCGAGAUGCGCGUGUUGAAGAGCAUGGUGGAUGGCGAGUGGGUUCGGACGGCCGGGGCCAGGGAUGUCCUGCGUGCGUGUGCGGCGUUGGGGCUGACGAAGACGCAUACACGGCCGGAGUCGUUGGUCGAGGUGGUCUAUCGGCCGCGGUUGCGCCGGUAUGCGGAGUAUCUGGAGGUGGAUGAUGCGUUGAUUCGCUCCGGCGGGGGCGUGUCAGGGAUGGAGGCCGCCGAGGUGCGCCUCGCGGUGGAGGAGCGCGGCGGCGUCGGGGUCGGGGGCAAAGAAAGCUGGGAGGCUGAACGCGAGGAGAGACGCUGGUUGGAGAAAUGGCUGGCCGGCAAGGAGUAGGUAGAUAGAGGAUGUAUAGCACACUGCGCAUGCAUAUGUACAUUAGUCAAGGGCAGUAUGGAUCAUUUCGACUCGUCACUUUGCCCGGGGCAGGGCUGCUGCAUCUCACCCAUCCGGGCCCCCGGCCGUCAUGGUUGGCUAGUAUACACUGUACAGGUCAUCGCAAAUCCGUAUCACUCUCCCAGCGCCUGCAGGAAUGCUCCCCCGGUCCGUCCGUCCGUUCUCUGGUGAGACUCGUCAUCCUCACCUCCCCAUCCCUGCCUGUUGCUGUCCCAAACCAGCAAUCCCCCCGAAAGGUAUCAUAUGAGUGCUCAGAAUACUCGAUCAAAUUGAC